UGGCAGGGGAGCCCCCCCCCGGCCCAGGAAAGCCAGGAAGCCCAGCAGCACCAGCAGGGCAAAGCCAGCCUCUGCCAAGGCAUCCGGAGCCAGGCGUAGGAGCCAGGCCGUGGGGAGCUGCCUGGGACAGGCCCUUUGGGGGAAGAGCGCGUGGCCGAAAGGGCGCUUUGCCCACACCCGCAGCGCCGCGCCGGGGCAGCCCCUGGCCGGUGCAAAGCGCUGGGCGCAGCCUCUGAUUUCGGUGCAAACCGGGCUGCUCACGAUUUCGCCACAAUCAGCCACGAGCCGGUCUCAGCUCACCCGGAACAAGGACAUCUGCCUGGGGACGUUGGCACUGCCGUGAGAACGGGCUGAAGCGAAGCCAGCGCAGCCUGCAGCGUGUAGACAAGAUCUAAUGACGAGGCCCCCUUGCUGCCCAGGCCAGGGCUGUUUUCACACAGCGGGGGCUGGGAAAGCCGAAGGGAGACACGGCAGGGUAGUUUUUAUCUCAAGGGAACUUAGGCACCACAAGGUACAGGCAGCAUGGGGUACAGGUGUCAUGGGGUACAAGCAGCCUGGGAUACAGGCGGCAGGAGGUACAGGUGGCACAGGGUACAGGCGGCACGGGGUACAGGCGUCAUGGGGUACAAGCAGCCUGGGAUACAGGCGGCAGGAGGUACAGGUGGCACAGGGUACAGGCGGCACGGGGUACAGGCGUCAUGGGGUACAAGCAGCCUGGGAUACAGGCGGCAGGAGGUACAGGUGGCACAGGGUACAGGCGGCACGGGGUACAGGCGUCAUGGGGUACAAGCAGCCUGGGAUACAGGCGGCAGGAGGUACAGGUGGCACAGGGUACAGGCGGCACGGGGUACAGGCGUCAUGGGGUACAAGCAGCCUGGGAUACAGGCGGCAGGAGGUACAGGUGGCACAGGGUACAGGCGGCACGGGGUACAGGCGUCAUGGGGUACAAGCAGCCUGGGAUACAGGCGGCAGGAGGUACAGGUGGCACAGGGUACAGGCGGCACGGGGUACAGGCGUCAUGGGGUACAAGCAGCCUGGGAUACAGGCGGCAGGAGGUACAGGUGGCACAGGGUACAGGCGGCACGGGGUACAGGCGUCAUGGGGUACAAGCAGCCUGGGAUACAGGCGGCAGGAGGUACAGGUGGCACAGGGUACAGGCGGCACGGGGUACAGGCGUCAUGGGGUACAAGCAGCCUGGGAUACAGGCGGCAGGAGGUACAGGUGGCACAGGGUACAGGCGGCACGGGGUACAGGCGUCAUGGGGUACAAGCAGCCUGGGAUACAGGCGGCAGGAGGUACAGGUGGCACAGGGUACAGGCGGCACGGGGUACAGGCGUCAUGGGGUACAAGCAGCCUGGGAUACAGGCGGCAGGAGGUACAGGUGGCACAGGGUACAGGCGGCACGGGGUACAGGCGUCAUGGGGUACAAGCAGCCUGGGAUACAGGCGGCAGGAGGUACAGGUGGCACAGGGUACAGGCGGCACGGGGUACAGGCGUCAUGGGGUACAAGCAGCCUGGGAUACAGGCGGCAGGAGGUACAGGUGGCACAGGGUACAGGCGGCACGGGGUACAGGCGUCAUGGGGUACAAGCAGCCUGGGAUACAGGCGGCAGGAGGUACAGGUGGCACAGGGUACAGGCGGCACGGGGUACAGGCGUCAUGGGGUACAAGCAGCCUGGGAUACAGGCGGCAGGAGGUACAGGUGGCACAGGGUACAGGCGGCACGGGGUACAGGCGUCAUGGGGUACAAGCAGCCUGGGAUACAGGCGGCAGGAGGUACAGGUGGCACAGGGUACAGGCGGCACGGGGUACAGGCGUCAUGGGGUACAAGCAGCCUGGGAUACAGGCGGCAGGAGGUACAGGUGGCACAGGGUACAGGCGGCACGGGGUACAGGCGUCAUGGGGUACAAGCAGCCUGGGAUACAGGCGGCAGGAGGUACAGGUGGCACAGGGUACAGGCGGCACGGGGUACAGGCGUCAUGGGGUACAAGCAGCCUGGGAUACAGGCGGCAGGAGGUACAGGUGGCACAGGGUACAGGCGGCACGGGGUACAGGCGUCAUGGGGUACAAGCAGCCUGGGAUACAGGCGGCAGGAGGUACAGGUGGCACAGGGUACAGGCGGCACGGGGUACAGGCGUCAUGGGGUACAAGCAGCCUGGGAUACAGGCGGCAGGAGGUACAGGUGGCACAGGGUACAGGCGGCACGGGGUACAGGCGUCAUGGGGUACAAGCAGCCUGGGAUACAGGCGGCAGGAGGUACAGGUGGCACAGGGUACAGGCGGCACGGGGUACAGGCGUCAUGGGGUACAAGCAGCCUGGGAUACAGGCGGCAGGAGGUACAGGUGGCACAGGGUACAGGCGGCACGGGGUACAGGCGUCAUGGGGUACAAGCAGCCUGGGAUACAGGCGGCAGGAGGUACAGGUGGCACAGGGUACAGGCGGCACGGGGUACAGGCGUCAUGGGGUACAAGCAGCCUGGGAUACAGGCGGCAGGAGGUACAGGUGGCACAGGGUACAGGCGGCACGGGGUACAGGCGUCAUGGGGUACAAGCAGCCUGGGAUACAGGCGGCAGGAGGUACAGGAUUGGCUCCAAGCUCCGGUGCGAGAGCGCAGGCGUAAUUGACCAGGCAUGCGCGACCGGCCCUAUGGGAGCCUGCACGCUGCCCUGUUUUGUGAGAGUAGCUAGAGGGCAGCUCUACUUGGCCAAAUAG